AUGGAAGAAAAAAAACGUUUGCGGAUAAAUGGAACUUUUCGUUGGACAGAACGACAAACUAAAGAUUUACUCAACAUUAUCAUGGAAAAUGUAAAAGCUAAUCCGGAACAGUUCAAGAAACCAACUGCUCAAAAAUUCUAUGAGCAUAUUACAAAAAAUGCAUCUACUUUGAACAGCAUCAAAUGGGAUGUUAUGCGCACAAAAAUGAGGCACCUAAAAACAAGUUUUUCGUCCGCACUGAAAUGGAAGGGUCAAACAGGUGCAGGAUUGCUAGAAAGUGGAGAUGUAAAAAGCGUUGAAGAUUACAUUAAAAAAAUGUGUCCAUUCUAUGAUGACUUGUACGCAAUAUUUGGUCAUCGUGUAAAUGUGCAGCCGCCAGCUAUCUAUCAAUCUACCAUGCCAGUGUCAUUGUUGGAUACUUUUGAAGUAGAUGCGUUGAUGGAAAAUGAUGGCGAAACAUUUUCAACAAGUUUACCUGAAAGUCCGUUGGCCAGUCCGACUGUGGUGCUUCCUUCUACAUCAGAGAGUGUAGCAAGUCCGUCCGCCCUGUCCAUCGCAACAAGUGCUUGUACGCAAAAUACCACUACACCAAAAAGAAAUUUGAAAAGGCCUCAAAACUCAAACCCAUUUGCAUUAUUAUUUGAAAUUCAAUCAAAAAAGCUGGAAUUAGAAUCACAAAAACUAGAAUUCGAAAAGGAAAAAGAGCAAAACAAAUUCAUGUUACAGAAGCUACAGCUGGAGAAGGAGGAAAGGAUCGAAAUGGAGAAAAUAAGAUUGGAGCACGAAAGAUUGUCAAGUGUUGAUACGUCAAACAAGAAAAUGCUUGUUGAAGAGCUCCUUGCCGGAACAUAAGGACGCAUAUUCGUAAGGUUAUGAUCCGCAAAAGAAAGCGUACUUUAAAUUUUUCGUUUUUAUUCGGAACCACGCUCAAAAGUUUGGUUUAAAUGCCAAAAUAUUUAUUUUUUAAUUUUUUUAAAUGCUCUA